AUGUUGUCGGCUCAUCCCGAAUGGAAGGACGUCCUGAUAUUUUCGGUCGUGCCCGACUUCACAAAUCCUGGGGCUUUUGAUGCCGUCUUCAAGGAAUACCCUGAAAUUGACUAUGUGAUACACGUGGCCGCACCUUUACUCGAUGAUCCUGGAAACACUGACUUUGUCGAACACUUUGAGAAGCCAUCCGUCCUUGGGAAUUCGGGUCUGCUAACAUCGGCACAUACACAUGGAAAGAAUGUCAAAGCUAUUGCCGUAACAGGGAGUCUCAACGCCAUUACAACGGGUGCGGCGGAAGACAUCAGCAGCCGUGUUCUUGGGAAUGAUCAAUGGCUACCCCUGGAUCGGGAGGAUGCUAUCAAGCUUCAAAAUAGCUUUAUUUCUUACUGUGUCGGGAAAAAAGUUGCUGAAAAGACAAUUUGGAAGUUCGUCGAAGAAACAAAGCCCUCGUUUACUGUGACAAAUUUUAUGCCGUUUCUCAUCUUCGGACCAAUGGUUCAAAAGGUGUCCAGUCUUAACAAGCUCAAUUUCAGCACCAACCAAAUCUACUCCAUCAUGAACAGCGCAAAGGACAAUGGCAAAGUCCCUGCAACAGCCUUCCCAGGAUCUAUUGAUGUCCGUGACCUUGCUGAAAUGCAUAUUGCGGCACUCACAAACCCAGCUGCUGCCAAUAAGCACUUUGUUGUUGGACAACCAAUGUCUUUCGACGAGAUAGCUGACAACCUUCGCAAAAUUCCUGAAUUGGAGGACCGCGUGGGAGAAAACAGUGGGAUUGUCGGCCCAGUGCCACGAUUUGGCGUUGAUGAAGCCAUUGAAACGUUAAUUAUUGACCAGAACCAGCUGUAUGUCGCCGGCGGGGAACUCUUGCGCCAGCCUCCGCUUUCACUUUUUAUCAUUACCGACAAAUGCACGCUUAGAGUUCCGGUUGUUGAAGGGGCACUCCCACGAUGCACAUUUGAGCCUGAAAUAUCCUCCAACAUCGCACCUGCGAAGAGCACAGAUGGUACACGGGUCUGA